GCCUGGUCUGGGCGCCCCUUGGCCUGUGCCUAGAGUGCCGGAGCGCUCGAGGUGAGGCUCAAGAAAUCCAGUGUGAAAUUACCACAAAAGCAGGGAUGAUUAUACAGAGAGUAGUGCUGAAUUCACGGCCCGGUAAGAAUGGAGUGCCAGUGGCUGAAAACUUCCGACUGGAGCAAAGUACAAUAGCAGAUACGAUCCAAGUGGGACAAGUGCGUGUUCGAACCCUUUAUCUCUCUGUUGACCCUUACAUGCGCUGCCGCAUGAACGAGGAUACCGGCUCAGAUUACCUCCUGCCCUGGCAGCUGUCUGAAGUUGCAGAUGGUGGUGGGAUUGGGGUUGUGGAGGAGAGCAAGCAGGAUAACCUUGCAAAAGGAGACAUUGUAACUUCCUUCAAUUGGCCCUGGCAGACAGUGGCCAUUCUAGAUGGAAGCUUGCUUCAAAAGCUUGAUCCACAGCUUGUAAGUGGACGCCUUUCCUACUAUCUGGGUGCAGCUGGCAUCACAGGACUGACAGCCCUGUUAGGCAUAAAGGAGAAAGGUCAUGUGGCUGUGGGUGCAAAUCAGACAAUGGUGGUGAGUGGAGCAGCUGGUGCCUGCGGCUCUUUGGCUGGCCAGAUAGGCCGUCUGGAGGGCUGCUCUAGAGUGGUGGGGAUUGCUGGCACAGAUGAAAAGUGCUCCAUUUUGGUCCAAGAAAUGGGGUUUGAUGCUGCCAUCAAUUACAAGAAGGGGGAUGUGGCAAAGCAGCUCCGUGAACUCUGCCCAGGUGGUGUGGAUGUUUACUUCGACAAUGUUGGUGGAGACAUCAGUGAUACAGUUAUAAGUCAGAUGAAUCAGAACAGUCAUAUCAUCCUGUGUGGACAAAUUUCUCAGUAUAACAAAGAUGUGCCUUAUCCUCCUCCACUGCCCCCUGACAUAGAAAAAAUACGGAAGGAAAGGAAUAUCACAAGGGAAAGAUUCUUGGUGUUGAACUAUAUGGACAAACAAGAAGCUAGUGUAUUACAGCUCUGCCAGUGGAUCCAGGAGGGUAAACUGAAAGUCAGAGAGACCGUGGUAGAAGGCUUAGCAAAUAUUGGUGCUGCUUUCCAGUCCAUGAUGAAUGGAGGCAAUAUUGGAAAACAGAUUGUCUCAGUUUCUAAGUAAAAGUUAAUUGCUUCAGAUAAAAUGAUGGAAUUCUCUCCCUAGCAGUGAGUGAGUUUUUACUUAUACUAAUUUCCAUUUCUUUAAAUAAACUGUUAAGUUGUUCAGUAUGUACUGAAAGCAGAUGUUCUGGGAUGCUAAUAAACUAAAUGGAACUGGAAAUAGGAAUGCAAUCAUUUAACUGAAAGUGGAUAAUAUGUUCUUUGACAUGAUUUUGGCAGUUGCUAGCAUCUAUUUCACGGCUAUGGUUUGAAAGUUAGAUCAUCCCAGGAACCAUUUCCAAUAAGCAGUUAGCGUGCAGCCACCUAGUUUCUGUUGUUAGAAUUGAGUUGUCCCCCAUUCCCAUGAAAGUUUGUCUCAAUGUAAAUUUUCCCUGGCAGUCCAAUCAGUCUGGCUAAUCAUUUUAGACUUUUACUGUUCUCAUUUUCACAGAUAAUUGCAAUGAAAAAUUCCAUCUG